AUGCCUGAGGAUUACAUGUCUAUGUUGCGAGGCCUGCCUGAUGAGCAGGCCAAAGCCAAGGGCCCUGCUGUUGGUGUUGCGACUGUUGAUGUGAGCAUUACGACUGGCCUACCUAAGCACCUUGCUUCCGGUAUUCUGUACGGUAUACCAGAUAAGUCUGACCAAAUACCCGACCACUUCUACAAAGACAUUGGCUUCAAUUACGGUCGUGGAGGAGGGUCUCAACUCCCCGACACCAAGGGCUACGCCGUCAGCUUCGAGGACUACAAGGCAAGUUCCGUCUCAAGCGCAAGUCUUCGUGUACUGACCUUCCUACAGGCUCGCUUUGCAUCAGCCUUAAGCAAUUACAGGACAGCCCGUAAGCAUGGAGGAGAUUUUAUCUACCUGCUUCCUGCAGUUUGGGGUGCUGAUGGUGGUCAAUCGGAGAAGUUUGAGUACCCUGGUGACAACGAUGACUGGACACGCUGGGAUGCCUUUCUUGAUGAGACUUUAAAGGACGUCCAGGACUCGGAAAUGAAGGAUGGCCUUGUUAUUGAUAUCUGGAAUGAGCCUGAUUUGAGCUUUUUCUGGGGUGCGUCCAAGGAACAGUGGCUUGCGCUAUGGUCUCGUACUUUCAAGAAGGUCAAGGAGGUAUUCCCAUCAAUGAGAAUAGCAGGACCAAGCAUAUCUGCCAUCCCCACAACAACUCAUGAGUGGUGGACAGACUUCCUCACAGAGUGUAUCAAGAAUGACACUCUUCCUGAUCAGUGGUCAUGGCAUAUGGAGAGCGGCAAUGACUGUGAUACCAUGGCUGGAUCGAUGAAGUCUUUCCACGAAUUACUGGCCAAGUUCGAUAUUCCACUUGAGAAGGCAAAGGAUGUCAACAUCAACGAGUACGCUGUGUAUGGCGAACAGGUUCCUUCCGCUGGCGCUUGGUGGAUCGCUGGUCUUGAACGCGAGAAUACCCAUGGGUUGAGAGGAAACUGGGCUAUCGCAGGAGCCCUGCAUGAUUUCCUUGCUGGUCUUCUAUGUAAGCCCAAUGCUACAAACGACAAAUACGCCAUCGAAGGCGAAGGGUAUUGGCCAACAGCCGAGUACCAGGUAUACAAAUACUAUGGCAGUCAAAUGACAGGCCAACGCGUGAAAACCACACCCACACCGGAUAGCUUUCUUGACGUCUACGCAACAGUCGACGACAACGUUGUCCGUAUUCUAGCCGGAACGCGUUCCAGAUCUGGCGACUGGACUAUUGAGUUGACGGGCUUGCCUGAGGCUGGAGAAGUCAAGAUCAGAACAUUGGCUUUCGUCGUGAAAGACGGGGACAAGUUUAAAAAUGUCGAUGGGCCACAGGAGUUGGGGGACACGACUGACCAUGUCAAGAAUGGUUCUUUGAGACUGAAGAUGAAACAUGAGGACAACACAACGGCUUACGCAUUUGAGAUCACUCUUCCCAAGAGGCAAUGA